CGCCAUACGUAAAUGUGAACAGCCAAUGAGAAGAAGCCUCUUUGAGUAGUAGAACUACGUGUUACGUGGUGGUGUAUCGUUAGCCUGAAUGCUAACUGAACCGCUAACACGUAGAAAGAUGGAUUCUCCUAUACUGGAACCUUCCCUAUACACAGUCAAAGCGGUUCUUAUUCUGGACAACGAUGGAGACAGGCUCUAUGCCAAGUAUUAUGAUGAUACAUAUCCUACAGUCAAAGAGCAGAAAGCCUUUGAGAAGAACAUAUUUAACAAAACUCACCGGACAGACAGUGAAAUUGCUCUGCUGGAGGGUUUGACCGUAGUUUACAAGAGUAACAUCGAUCUCUUCUUUUAUGUGAUUGGAAGUUCACAUGAAAAUGAGCUCAUGCUUAUGGCUGUUCUUAACUGUCUGUUUGAUUCACUCAGCCAGAUGCUGAGGAAAAAUGUUGAAAGAAGGGCUUUGCUUGAAAACAUGGAGGGCCUUUUUCUUGCUGUAGAUGAAAUAGUAGAUGGAGGGGUGAUUUUGGAGAGUGAUCCUCAACAAGUUGUGCAUCGCGUGGCCCUCAGAGGAGAUGACGUGCCUUUAACAGAGCAAACGGUCACCCAGGUACUCCAGUCAGCCAAGGAGCAAAUUAAGUGGUCACUCCUUCGAUAGAGUCAUUCUGGGCUGUGAUUGGUGAGCCUUGCUCGGUUUGUCUGCACUGAUCCAGGUUUAGUUGUGAAGUCCCACUGGCUCCCACACUCCAUGGACCACAGUUUUCAUCGCUUUCACUUAAGUCUUCUAUGACCUUUUUACACUGGUUUGUGUUAUAAAACUAAAACAUAUGACAUCAUAUGACAUAUGCUGGUCUUUUUAUGAACAAUAUGCAUGUUGAUUAAGAACAAUCGUAAACCUUGUAACACAUGUAAGAACAUUCCUAAUGUAUCUUUGAGAAGUAUUGUCAUUUUAGUGCCUCUUUCCUUUUGUUUUGACUACUGUACAAAAUGCCAGCUCUAUCCCACUAAUGGUGGGAACUUAAGAUGUUGAACAUGUCGUCUUUUCACAGAUCAUUUAAUUAUUUUAUGUUUAUGGACAUCAUAAUUGUAGAAUUGUAAAAUAAAAAUGACAUCUGCAUAUUCCA